AUGCAUCAGCAUGUACUUGAGCCCACCCAUGUUGCAGGACACAUUCUUGGUGUAGUGAUUACGAGAGACACUGAUGAUAUUAUCUCAAAUGUGGAAGUCGUCGACCCUGGACUUACUGACUCUAACGGGAAGCUUACACGUGAUCAUUUUGCUGUUUCAUUUAAUGCACGUGUAUCAAAACCAGCACCUAUCAGAAAAACAGUGACUUUCAGAAAAAUGGGUUCUAUCGAUGUUAAAGCCUUCAAAAAUGACUUGAAUUCUUUCACAUUUCUCGGCCAAGAUGAUGCAGUCACGGACCUGGAUGAGAUUGUGAAUUCAUUUAAUAGUAACUUGACCUUACUUGUUGACAAGCACGCUCCCGUGAAAACAAAAACAAUUGUUCUAAGACCCACAUGUCCCUGGUUCAAUGAGGAACUACAUGAUGCCAAACAUAUAAAACGCAAAUUGGAGCGUAAUUGGCGAAGGACAAAACUAACCAUUGACCACCAAAUAUACCGUGAGCAGUGUGGAGUGGUGAAUGAAACAGUACUACCAUCAGGUUCAACAUCAAAGGAACUGGCGCAAGCGUUUAGUGACUUCUUUAUCAAUAAGAUUGAUAAAAUCCGGGAUGGUAUAAAUGUCAAAAUUCGUUGUCAACAAGUACCAUGGAAUGAGGAGCAAACAGAUCAAAUUAAAUAUUUUGAAGAUUUUAGUCCAGCAUCUAAAGAAGAGGUCAAACGUAUCAUCAUCAAAUCUGCUAGUAAAUCAUGUGAACUUGAUCCCAUUCCAACUUGGUUGCUCAAAGAAUGCCUAGAUGAGCUUUUACAGCCAUUGACAAAAAUUAUCAAUUUGUCAAUGGAACAAGCAUAUGUACCAAAGAUGUUCAAAAGUUCUAGAAUUAGGCCACUUUUAAAAAAGCAAGAUCUUGAUGUUGACAUUCUAAAAAACUAUAGACCGGUAUCAAACUUACCAUUUGUUUCUAAAAUACUUGAAAAUGUAGUAGAUGCACGUUUAGAGAACCAUCUGUGCUUAAAUGGCCUUCAUGAAGAAUACCAAUCAGCUUACAGAAAAUUCCAUUCCACAGAAACUUCAUUGCUUAAAGUCCAGAAUGACAUACUUCAAUCUCUUGAUUGCAAUAAUGUUACAAUUCUAGUAUUACUCGACCUGUCAGCAGCCUUUGAUACCAUUGAUCACGGGACUCUUAUUUAG